CGGCCAAUCAGGCCCGGGGGCGGGCGCGCUUGCACCCGCUUGGACGUCGCUCUCGUCCGGCCUCGUCCCCUUGCUUACCUGCCCCGCGCGGCCCCAGGUGUCCCAUCCCCUCGCUGUCACCUGCCGGGGCCGCGGAGAGUCGAAGCGGGCGGAGAUGGACACGGUGGUCUUUGAGGACGUGGCUGUGGACUUCACCCCGGAGGAGUGGGCUCUGCUGGAUGGUGCUCAGAGGAAGCUCUACAGAGACGUGAUGCUGGAGACCUGCAGGAACCUGGCCUCUGUGGAUUGUGAGACACCAUUUAAAGCCAGUGGGCCAGUUUCUGAACAGGAUAUGUAUGAGGAAGAAAUACCUAAUAAACAGAAAAACUGGGAGGACCAUAGUAUUGAAGUUCAGCACAAAAACCAUGGGAGAGAUCUGAGAAACCGUGUGGUGGACAGAUUCUGUGAACGUAAUGAAGGAAAUCCACGCAGAGAAGCCUGCAGUCACAUGCCCAGCCUUAAUCUGUACCAGACUGUUUCUCCUGGAGUCAAACCGUACGAAUGCACCAAGUGUGGACAGGGCUUCCUGCAUCUCUCUUCCCUGAAGAGGCACGUCCGGUCUCGCCGUGGACAUAAACCGUACCGGUGUCAGCAAUGCAGGCAGAGCUGCUUUUGUCCCUCACACCCAAGAACUCACCCCGGGGAGAAGCCUUAUGGAUGUAAAUUAUGCGGGAAAACCUUUCCUUAUUUCUACUCCCUCACUCAACACAUCAGGGCUCACGCUACAGAGAAAAACUACAGAUGUGAGCAAUGUGGGAAAGCCUUCAGUGAGUUCUGCAGCCUGACUAGGCACAUGAGGACUCAUGCUGGGGAGAAGCCAUAUAAAUGUAAGGAAUGUGGGAAAGCCUUCAUUUAUCCAUCCAUCUUCCAAAGACACGUGAUAACACACACUGGGGAGAAGCCCUAUGAAUGUAAAUUAUGUCAGAAAGCCUUUCACCAUUCCUACUCCCUCCGGCAACAUAUGAAGAUUCACACCUCAGAGAAAACCUAUGAAUGCAAGCAAUGUAGGCAAACCUUCAGUCAGUUCUCCAGUUUUACUAGACAUGUGCGAAACCACACUGGAGAAAAGCCGUAUAAAUGUAAGGAAUGUGGGAAAGUCUUUGUUUAUCCCUCAGUCUUUCAAAGGCACAUGAUCACACACACUGGGGAGAAGCCCUACGAAUGUAAAGUAUGUGGGAAGUCUUUUCGUCACCCUUACUCCCUCACUCAACAUCUGAAGAUGCACACGGCCGAGAAAAGCUAUGAGUGCAAGCAAUGCAGCCUAGCCUUUAAUGCGUCUUCCAGUCUUACUCGACAUGUGAAAACCCACUCUGGAAAGAAGCCUUAUCAAUGUCAGGACUGUGGGAAAGCUUUCAUUUAUCCCUCCACCUUUCAAAGGCACAUGAUCACACACACUGGGGAGAAGCCCUACGAAUGUAAACAGUGUGGGAAAACCUUCAGUUAUCCCCAGUCUUUUCAAAGACAUGAAAAGACUCACACUGGAGAGAAACCCUAUGAAUGCAAGGAAUGUGGGAAAGCCUUCAGUUGGCCUGAGACCUUCCGAGUGCACAUGAGAAUGCACACUGGAGAGAAACUCUACACCUGUGAAACCUGUGGGAAGACUUUCAGUUCCCCCAAGUCCUUUCAAGGUCACGUGAGAACUCACACCGGAGAGAAGCCUUACAAAUGUAAACAGUGUGGAAAGGCCUUCAGUUGGCCCUCAACCUUUCGAGAACACGUGAGAAUUCACACCGAAGAGAAACUGUAUAAAUGUGAAAAGUGUGGCAAAGCUUUCACUUCUUCCAGGUCCUUUCAAGGCCACAUGAGGACUCACACUGGAGAAAAACCGUAUGAAUGUCCUCACUGUGGGAAGGCCUUCAGUUGGCCGUCAUCCUUACAGAAGCACGUGAGAAUGCACACUGGAGAGAAGCCCCAUAAAUGUGAGCAGUGUGGGAAAGCAUUCAAGUGGCCCUCCUCCUUUCGAAACCACGUGAGAAUGCACACUGGAUAGCAACUCCAUGGAUGCGUGAGAGAUUCAAAAGCUUUUAGAAAGCCCUGCUUUCUCUGGAGGAAUCCUAUAGCUGUAAGGAAUGUUGAAACACCUCACGCAAGUUACCGUGUAAUGCCCCAGGAAAUUCACACCAGGAGAGAAGUAUUACAGAAGUUACAAAUGAGGUCUGUCCUUGUCACUACCUCACUUCAAAACUGGGUUACUAAGUGAAUUUCUAGUUCUUUCACAAUACAUAUUUAUGUCAGAAAUACUUCUGUAAGUCCUUUGGGCUCUAGUGCAUAAGUUUGAAUAGCACUUUUUUCUGAUUUUUCAGUUAAUACAUGUUUUCCCUUUUCCUUUUGAAGUUUAUUGGGCCAUGGUGAUUACAGGUGUGCUUUUAAUAUGACAAUGUAUUUAAAUUUUUCUUUUCUUUUGAGGAAGAUUGGCCCUGAGCUAACAUCUGUGCUGAUCUUCCUCUAUUUUAUGUGUGGGACACUGCCACAGCAUGGCUGAUGUGUGGUGUGUAGGUCCCUGUCCCGGAUCUGAACCUGUGAACCCCGGGCCACAGAAGUGGAGCAUGCGAACUUAGCCACUGCAUCACCGGGCUGGCCUCAAGUUUAACUUUUAUAUAACAUUGCAAUUUAAGGGUCAGAUGAUAAGCUUUGUUCACUGGAGUGUAAGUGCCUUACAGUAAGCUUCUGAAUGCCGAGGCCUCCAUCUCAAAGACACAUCUUGAAUCAACAUUGCCAGCGCUCUCACACAGCUGCUGCCAGAGCAACUAGAUAAGGAACCAGGCUGCCUCCCACCCACGAAGUUCCCCUUCCCAAAGCCCUGGGUGCCCUGGAGAACUGACUGCUUGAGGGACCGCGCUUUUUCCUUUCCUCGCCCGAAUCCCCACCUUUACAUUUUAAAUUCACCAAUAAAGAGUGAACCUCUGAAAGCCUCGGCCCCCCACCCUCCUCCCGAAUAAAGGCAGAGCCCAAUUCUGUUCUCUCUCUCCCCCUGACCUCGCCAUGCCGCCCUCAGGCAUGCUGUGUGCUCUCCAGGAUUUGUGAGCAAUACAUUUUUUUCUUCUAAA